AUGGCUUCCGCGGCAAGUCGAGUUUUCGACAUUGCGGAACUACUCGAGAUGAUCUUGCUGCAAGUGAGGGUUCAUGAUGCGGGCACUACCGAAGAAGCACGCUCUAUCAGGAAUCUCUCCAUCCUCCAGCGCGUCAAUCACACCUUUAAAUCCAGUAUCGACAACUCGAUGCGGCUCCAGCGUGCCAUGCUUCUAGCUUCCGAAGAUGAAGACGAUCCUUCGCGAGAAGUGCUGCACGGCUUUGAGUUUCUUCUGGAUGGUCAAGUCUCCUCUGAGCCAUUGCACCCUGCUUUUCCUUGCCUCGGGCACUGCAAUCCAAGUCGCUAUCGUUCUGGUACCGGCGACGUUACACUCCGCCUGUAUAUCAUGCAGCGUACCUCGAGCAGGGGCACGAGACAAGCAUACUUUGGGUGCGACUGCAGUGACAACACCGGCAUCACUAGCUUCCAGGAAGGCAUCUCAACACUCGCCCGCGCACAUCUGAAAGCUCACUUCGAUCGUCAAGCUUCCUGGCGCCGCAUGAUACUAUCUAGCAAACAUCGCCAUAUCAAGAUCAGCUUCUGUGCCUUCACGAAAACGUACGACAACAUCAAGGCCGCCUAUAGCCACUGGGCAGCGUUCGAUGGUGCUCACACCUUGGGCGAUCUGUAUGAGGCUCUCGCCAUCGUGCUUCAGCGGACUGAAGCCGAGCACGAUUUAGCCCACGAUGACGUCAAACAGACACGGGAGACUAUCAAAUGGGGUCUUGGGGGCUGGCUGGUAGGUGCACGCGACAAUGUAACCAUCUCGCAAGUGAAGAAGCUGAAGCGCGAUCAUACCGCUCUGCGCGAGUGCGGCCAGAACAGGUUCUCGUGCCCCGUAUGCACGGUGCUGUGCAUGCUUGGUGAGAAGUAUCGCGAGAUUUGGGAUCACCUCUGA